AUGGAUCUGUCGAAACUUACGCGUCCGGCCAUCCUGUGCCAGUGCUCGCGAUGCUCAAGCUCGCUUGCGGUGCUGGAGAACGAGUGGGCGAAGCUCUCGAAUUCUUACUCGGUGGCUGCUGGCUGGCUCAGCAUUGAACUUCACCGUAUUACUAUUUCGUCCGAAAAGAAACAAAUUCCGCAGUCUUCCGAGCUGAGCUUAAUACGGGGAAGGAUUAUCCAAGAGAUUGGUUGCAAACUAUGUCAACAGAAGUUGGGGGUGCUCUGUGCGAUGGAGAGCGGACCGAAUGUCUUCUGGAAGCUACCGAAAGUCUCAUUCCGCGAAAUUGUCACCAUGCGCACCGUGGAACCCACAUUCAAAGAUGGAGAAGGAGUGCUGGAGGGUCUCCUGUUCCCCAGCUCCAAGGAGGCCAGCCACGGGACACCUGGUCAUAAAGCUCUUGUACCAUUGGAGCCAAAUGAGGUCGAUAAUUACACCGUGGAACAUCAAAUUCAACAACAAGGUCUAAGUCUAGACCAUAUCUCCAGCUCUGUCAGCAACCUUCAUGAUACUAUGUAUGAGUUAAAACAGUCUUUCACCGCGAUGCGCAUCGAGCUGAAUGGGCCUGCUCGGGCUCCGAACGACGUUGGCGACUCCACGCAUGGCGACUUCAAUAUGGUUACAACGGUGUUGAAGGAGCUGAAAUCGAAGGCGGACGAGAUAGAGAAGCUAAAGCUGGAGAUCGAGGCACUGAAGCUUCGGAAUCGUUAUAUGGAGGAACAAACAGCACGUCAAACGCUUUUACGUCCGCCCUCGGAAGCACUCCUUCCAGAGGUUGGGACCCCAGGUCUUCUCCAGACAAGCAGAAAGCGACCUUUCCCCUUUCCGGAGCACUACCAAGGUGUCCGCGACAGACCAGUUGCGGACUCUUUUGACGAUGAUGAUGGCGAAGACAGCAUGGUAGACUUCUCUCUGCACGAGUCACGCAUGCCUGCUAUCAAGAUUCCACUGAGAGACCGUGAAACUCCAACGGAGCCAGUCCAUGAUCCGAAUGCUUUAAGGUCUCCCAGGCUCCAGAUCGAAGUUUGCCACUCAACACAAACAGAGGAACCCGUCUCAAAACGACCACGCCUUUCCUCGAGUAUAAAUACGAGAGCAAGCACAAAAACAAGAGGGCGACCCCCAAAAUCGGCUCAGACGACUCCAGACUUAGCUGAGAACACUAAGCCAACACCAUUGCACGAACAAAACGGCAAUGCCGCGACUACCAACCGGAAUCGGGACCGGGACCAUCCGUUUUCAACCCCGAACGAUCAGGAAACGCCGCUCCAGAAUCGUCCCGGCCGUUCUCGCAGCUUACGCAGUCGCUCCCGGCCCCCAUCAAGGCAUAGAAUUUCAACUGGUGGUGACACUGAAAAGGAUGCUGGCGAAACACAGCAAAACACAGAAACAAACGCCAAACCCGUUGUCGAAUUGGAGAAGGAGAACUCACAAAUUGAAACAGACGGUCACCGCACAAGCCUGGGACCCGGCAAUAAGAACGAAAGAUCGAGUGAGAAGCGCAAAGCGCAGUCUGUUGCGCGAGAUAUGAUGGCGAAGAUCGCCAUGCAGCGGGAAGAAGCCAUGGAUACUGAGGACGCUCGAUAG